CAGUGUGACAAGUGAGGGUGCAUUGGGAACGAUUUGAAUUGCACUGAACCCAGUGCUUCAGAUCAGUCUGCAGCCUAAGGGAACUCGCGAGUUGACUGGCUGCGCUCGGGAGCCCACACUUUCAAUGUCUUAGUGGGAAAACGUCCGCACACUCCAGUGCAAGGCUGAAGAUAAUUGUAAGUGGAAGUUCUGGAUAUGAGGAUUACCGGGCACAUACCCAUAUGUACACUUCUGUGGGUGUUUCUCCCAGUGCAGGGGAAUGGGGAACAAUCACAGACUGUCUACUUCCUCCCUGAAUUUGCACUUUCUCCACAAGGGAGUUUUCUGGAAGACACAACAGGAGAGCAGGUCUUGACUUACCGCUACGAUGAUCAGACAUCAAGAAUCACACGUUCAGAUGAAGAUAAAGAUUCUGGCUGGGAUGCAUGGGGAUCUUGGAGCGACUGUUCAAGAACUUGUGGUGGGGGAGCCUCCUACUCUUUGAGGCGAUGCUUAAAUGGAAGGCGCUGUGAAGGGCGGAACAUUAGGUACAAAACCUGCAGCAAUGUGGAUUGUCCCCCUGAAGCAGGUGACUUCAGACAUCAGCAGUGCUCUGCGCACAAUGACGUGAAGUACCAAGGACAGUAUUAUGACUGGAUUCCCCUCUACAAUGACCAUGAAGCUCCAUGUGCAUUGAAAUGUCGGGCCCGAGGAACGUCUUUGAUUGUGGAGUUAUCACCAAAAGUUCUGGACGGUACCCGAUGUAACACUGAAUCUUUGAACAUGUGCAUCAGUGGAAUUUGCCAGGUGGUGGGCUGUGAUCGGCAACUUGGGAGUAAAGCCAAGGAAGACAACUGUGGAGUUUGUGCAGGCACUGGUUCAACAUGCAGACUUGUACGAGGACAGUCCAAAUCACACGUGUCUCCUGAAAAAUUGGAAGACACAGUGAUUGCAGUUCCAUAUGGGAGUCGCCACGUGAAAAUAACAGUGAAAGGACCUGCUCACCUUUAUAUAGAAUCAAAAACGCUACAAGGCCAUAAAGGAGACCACAAGCUAAAUGUUUCAGGAAUAACAGUCAUUGAGAAUACAACCAUUGAGUUUCAGAAAAACUCUGAUAAAGAAGUUCUGAAGAUACACGGCCCACUCGGUGCAGACUUUAUUAUCAAGACCAGAUAUGUUUCUUCAAAGGACAGUGUAGUCCAGUUUAUGUUCUAUCAACCAAUCAGCCACCAGUGGAGAGAGACCGAUUUCUAUCCAUGCACUGCAACCUGUGGAGGAGGUUAUCAACUUAGCUCUGCAGAGUGUGUGGACAUACGCUCAGGCCGUGUGGUUCCUGAGCAUUCCUGCAAUUACUAUCCAGAAAAUAAAAAGCCCAAGCCCAAACUGCAGGAGUGCAAUAUGGAUGAUUGUCCGUCCAGUGAUGGCUUCAAGCAACUUGCAAUUUAUGAUCAUUUUCAGCCACUUCCUCGUUGGGAAAGCAACCCUUGGACUGCAUGUUCAGUGUUCUGUGGAGGUGGAAUACAGACUCGAAGUGUACCAUGUGUCGAAGAGAACAUGUAUGGGGAAAUUAUUCCAGUGGAGGAGUGGAAGUGCAUGUAUGCAUUUAAACCAGCAGUGAUCCAGAACUGCAACCUUUUCGACUGCCCGAAGUGGAUUGCCAUGGAAUGGUCACCAUGCACUGUCACGUGUGGACGAGGCCUGCGGUACAGGGUUGUGCUGUGUAUAGACUACAGAGGGCAACACACCGGCGGAUGUAGCUCACAGCUCAAACCUCACAUAAAGGAGGAGUGCUCAGUGCCAAUUCCAUGUUAUAAAACAAAAGAAAAACUUCCUGUGGAAGCUAAAGUACCUUGGAUUAAGCAAGCACAGGAACUGCAGGAACCAAGAGCUGCAUCUGAGGAGCCAACAUUUAUUGCUGAGCCGUGGUCACAGUGCAGUACUUCAUGUGGAGCCGGUAAACAAGUACGAAUAGUUAAAUGCCGCGUCCUGCUUACAUUCUCCCAAACGGUGGAGGAGCUUCCCGAUGAGGAAUGUGAAGGAGAUAAGCCACCCACUGAGCAAACCUGUUUCUCUGCUCCAUGUGACAGUGCUACUGCAAUAUAUGAAAUGGAGGUUGCUUCCUAUGGUCAGAAUGACAAUAAGAUGGAUGAACAAUUCGACUGGGAAUAUGAAGGUUUCACCUCAUGUUCGGCUUCCUGUUUAAGAGGGAAACAGGAAACAAUAGUUGUGUGUCGAAACAAACAAACACAGGAAAACGUGGAUGACAGUUUGUGUGACAAUUUCAAACGUCCUCCGCACAUGGUCCGAGCUUGUGGCACUGAGCCUUGUCCUCCCAGCUGGGCCACAAGAUCCUGGAGACAAUGCAGUGCCACUUGUGGAGUCGGCAUACAGACAAGAGAGGUUUACUGUAAACGUAUGGUGGCACAUUCUAUUGAGGAUUCCAUCAAAGUUGCUGAUGAGGAGUGUUCUGAUCCGAAACCUCCUGAGUUACAGGCCUGCAACCAGUUUGACUGCCCUCCUUCAUGGUACACAGGUGAAUGGCAACAGUGUUCACAAACAUGUGGAAGAGGGGUGCAAUCUCGCAAAGUCACAUGCAAACAGCUUUUGACUGAUGGUAGUUUCCUUACUGUUGCCCAUGAGCUAUGCCUUGACCACAAGCCACAGGUGCAGCAGCCUUGUGUGAACACUGAUUGUCCACCACACCUGGCAGUAGGGAAAUGGUCCAAGUGCUCUGUAAGCUGUGGUGAAGGAAUCCAGAGCAGAGAAUGGGUCUGUCGUAAGCUGUCAACAACUGGCCAGCUAAUAGCAGUGGACCAUGCUUUAUGCAAUGACCUCUCCAAACCACCAGUGAUCCAGAUCUGCAAAAUGCCAAAUUGUAAAGAGCUUAAAAAGAAUGCAAAAACAAAGAUGCCACAAAAGCAAGCUAUCCGUAACCCUGAAAUUCUCAGUGUGCAUCGAGUCUACAUUCAAACCAGACAAGAAAAGCGGAUUCACUUUACUGUAGGUGGUCGGGCCUAUUUGCUUCCAAAAACCUCGAUUGUGAUUAGGUGCCCUGUAAGACGAUUCCAGAAAUCAUUGAUCAGAUGGGAAAAAGAUGGACACCAUCUACAAAAUGCAAAAAAGAUUGGAAUCACAAAAUCGGGAUCACUAAAAAUUCAUAACCUUGAAGCAAGCAAUAUUGGUGUGUACAGUUGUAUUGCGGGUCCAACUCGAGACACAUUUGUCCUCAAAUUGAUUGGCAACGAUAAUAAAUUAGUUGAACCACCCUCUUCCACUAAAGCAAAGAUGAGGCAAACUAUUGGUCCAGAGAAGAUGAGUCACAAUGAAUCUAACAGACUGGAAGAUAAAUGGACUCAAGUGAGCAAGAUGUGGCAAAGUUGGAGUAAAAAAAAUGAAUUUUAUGUGGAUGGUAGCCAAACAGAAGAUAAUAUUUUCCUGCGUGUACUUGGACAUCAUCUGAAUUCUAGAGGAAAGGCUAAUUUUGCAGAUUUGUAUAAUUCACAAGAGCUUUAUGAUAAACAUCUCGAAAGUUCCAUUUUCCAGGGAGCCUACAGCAUGGAUACUGCACAGUUUGAAGAGAUCUUGCGAAAUAUAAGUCUGUGGAUUGAAUCUGGUGAACUACCUGAAGAUUUUGCAUCACAGCUCAUGUACCAAUUAGCAGCUGAGGUGUCCAGACCACAGGCAACUCUGGAGAAAUGGAAGGCACCUCUUGAUGAUAAUGCAACAAAUUCAAAAUUUUUACAUAAAGCUCCUAACACAUCAAAAACAUCCAUCAACAAAGAUACCCAACAACAGAGGGAGAAACAGAAGCCCCCUAUUAUUGUGAGAAAGAAGCAGGCUCCUGUGCUGCCUCAGAGAAAUGUCACUAUAGCAAUUGGGACAAUAGCAUAUCUGGCAGAAAAUAUUUCCAGUGUGACACUGGUUUGUGAAGCAGUCGGAGUCCCUGAGCCAGAGGUCACUUGGACGAAGGAUGGCAUACCAGUGAAAUUUAAUAAAAGGAUAUUACUGCUUGAUUCUGCAAGACUUCAGAUCAAGAAUGUCACAAGCCAGGAUGCUGGCCUUUACAGAUGUACAGUAAGCAGUGAGCUUGGAACAGAUACUGAAACCUCAUUGCUAUUGUAUUCAGAAGCCCCAGUUAUUGGAUUCUCAAGCAAAAAUGUCACAAAUCUUACAACAUGGCAUUUAACCGCAAUUGUCGGAAGUGCUUUAUUUGUCAGACUUGGGGCAACGAUUACCAUUACUUGUCCCGUCGUUGGUAUGCCUGAACCAAAGGUUACAUGGCGAAUGAGAGGAGGCUUGUUGGUUGGUAAUUCUGUUGUCCUUCAGAAUGGUUCUUUGAUGCUGAAGAAUGUAACACUUGCAAAUCAUGGAACCUAUGAUUGUAUCGCCAUAAAUGAAAUUGGACAAAGCACUGCAUCCACGCUUCUUAAACUUGCUGAGCCAAGAACAGCGCUUCCAUUUGUAGCAAACCGUCAAACCAAAGAAAGGAAACGUGUCUUAAUGGCAUCACAGACUGGCUCUCCAAUUACAGUUAAACAAGGAGAUGUAUUCCGUAUUGGAUGUCCAGUGCCUGCUAAACACAAAAUGACCAUCAACUGGUAUUUCAGGAAUCAGUCCAUUCACACAGUCCCAGGACUCAAGUAUAAAAUAUUGGCUAGGGGACGUGUCCUUGAAGUGAACACGGCCUUUGAGAAGUUGGCAGGGCAGUACAAAUGCCUGGCUUCCGAUCAUACUCAGUUGCUUUCUGCUUCGGUGAAUGUGAGCUUCUUAGAUUUCAUGUGGGUGCCUGGCAACUGGGAUGCCUGCACAGCAACCUGUGGCAAUACAGGAGUCCAACAAAGGAAACUGCGCUGCCUGAAUACAAAUGGAAUUGAGAUGAAUGAGUCAGCAUGUUAUGAGCUUCCCAAACCUCCCUCACUUACUGAACCAUGCAACACUCAGGAUUGUCCAGCGAGGUGGGUUGUGAUGCCAUUGUCAGAGUGUUCUGUCUCCUGCGGGAAAGGAAUUCGCCAGCGCAGAGUGACAUGUGAGCAGCUAACAGCCACUGGAACAGUAAGAACAUUACCUCCUGUGUAUUGUGGAGACAACAGAGAACAGCCUGCUGAAGUAGAGGAUUGCUUAUUACAGCCUUGCGCAAGGUGGAACAGUCCAUCGUGGGGACAGUGCUCUGGUCGCUGUGUGGGUCACAAUGUUGCAGUACAGCACCGUCAAAUUGUAUGUCAGUAUACGAAUGGAACUUCAGCCACAGAAAUCACCUGUGACCAAAUCAAAAGGCCAGCGUCUGCCAGAAGAUGUAAAUCAAGUAAAUGUAACGUGGAGUGGAGAACAGGACCAUGGAGACAGUGUGCAGCAACAUGUGGAAUUGGUUUCCAGUCUCGCCGUGUCGCUUGUAUUCACAAGAGAAAUAAUGAGACUGUAGCUGAUCAGUAUUGUGGAUGGAAGAAGCGACCAACCACAUGGCAACGUUGCAAUCUAACAUCUUGUGACACUUCAGAAGGAGGAUGUAUGGAUACAACACGCUACUGUGCACUUGUCAAACGUCUGAGGCUGUGCCAUCUGAACACCUACAAGCAGAGAUGCUGCGAAUCCUGCAGAAUGCUUUAAAAGAUGUAAGCCACCCUCCAAUGGAUUAUAAUCAAUCUAUCAUGGACUGUGAAGCAAUUUAUACAGAACUUCGUGUUGGAGAAUUGACUGCAGUUGAACAUGAUGCUAGUUGAAGUAGAAGGAUAUUUUUAAUAUUGUUGUAAAUCUGCUUGUAUAUACAGAAAUUCACAAAAGGUUUCCUUGAUAUUUGUUAUAUUAGUCAAAUUUGUACUGGCUGAUUCUUAAAGCAAGAGCUACUCAACAGUUCUGCUUUUCAAUCUAAUAUGGAUUUGUUGUGCUUUACUGUCUGUGUUUUUCUCCCAAGCUAUGAGCUAUCUGUUCAUGUUACAUCAUUGAAGUUGAUAUGGGAAUUAUUUUCUUCCACUUGGAGCCAGAACUUUCUCUGAAUAUCUCAGUGUAUUGAAGUUUUGCAUCUUUACAGUGCAAGUCAGGGAAAGCUUUCACAUCAAGUGAGUUACUAAUCAGUGUUAAUCCCUUUUAAUUACUGUAACCUAUUUCUGACUCAAGUCAGACAUUAGUUUUUUAUUUGCAGUUCAGGUACUUAGAGGGAAAUACAUCGUUUAGGCUUUUAACUUGUAGAUGCUAGGAUCAGUAGGGAAUUUGUCUGUUUGAACAUUAGAGGAAAUUGAGAAAACUGUCUUCCCAGCAGGAAUUCUCCAUUUGUUGGAAAUACAGUUAAAACCCAGUUAGAGAAUUGACUUACAAUGUUAGAGGUUUAUCCAUCCUUUGCCCCUUUAAGAGUGCAUUUUCCUCACAAUGAAAGCGUUGAAUUUACAGAAUCAUUGUAAAGAAAUAUCACAAUCAGCUACCGAUAUUGCAUGCUUGGAGGCUGAUCUCACUGAGUGUCCCUGUUUGACUGCAGUAUUCUAUUCUCAAUGCAGACCUGGUUACCUGGAUGGUAUCUCCAGCUGCGGUAACUAAGUCAUAUUACGGUACUUCUUCUAGUUUUAUGCGUUCGUGUCUCAAGAUGCUCCUUUGAUGGAAAAGUAGGAAAAGGCCAUUAAUAAAAUAUUUAAUGAUGGCUAGUUGUAACAUGUAAUUAGUAACACGAGUUCAUUUUAUAUUGCACUCCAUAUAUAGAAGAAAAUAUUCAAAAAAUGCAAAAACCUCUCUGCCUCUGGAGAGUCUCGACCACUUUCAGAUAUACUGCUAAUGGUUGACCUUUUGCUGUUAACUUAAUAUUGCUGUAGAGACUUGAGGCCUCCGCUUUGCACAGAUAUGUAAUACAUAUAAUUCCCAGGGCUAAAACAGGUUAGAAUCAGUGUGUGGGAAUUUUUUUUAUGGCAGUUCAUUAUAAAAAGCACAUGCAGAAAAUGAUUCUCGUCACUAGCAGGGCAAGCUGUACACUGUAUUUCUGACAGUUCCGCAAUAGAAUAUUUAUGAUGAGUAUAUACAUAUGAAAAGUUACAAUACAGUGAUUCAUUCAUUCUAAGCUCCAACUAGUAACUACAAAAUGCAGUAUUCUGAAGAAGCGACUAAAAUAAUUGAAUUCAUUGUACUCAGACACUUCAGAUUCUCUACGUUUUAGAGAUAAAAUUCAGGAAUCACCUGAAAAAGCAACUGAAAUUUCUUAUUAACUCAUUGUAAAUUACCAUUUUAAAUAUAUGGAAUUUCUCUUACACACCUUGACCAUUUGUCCUUCAAAUAUUGCUAAAAAUAGUUUUUUGUCAACAGCAUGAGUGAUGAACUCUCAAAAAAGCUCAAAUAACAGUGUUUUAUUGCGUUCGGUUGGCUCAUCAAGCUGAUUCAUUGUUCCACAGGCGUUUCAUUACCCUACUGGGUAACCUUAUGAGUGCAGCCUUCGAUGAGGCGCUGUUGUGUUUUCCCGCCUGUUAUUUAAACUUUGGUGUCAGUUGAGCUCGAUGACCUCACUUCCGGUUUUCCUUCGCAAUGGAAUGCGUAUGGGGUCUAGCUCUAUAUGUUUAUUGAUGGUUUUUUUAGUGGAGUACCAGGCUUCUAGAAAUUCCCAUGCUUACCUCUGCUUUGCCUGCCCUCGUAUCCUGGUGUUGUCCCGAAUUGGUGGUUUUCCUUAUCCAUGUGGAUGGAGAUGAGUGAGCAUUGGUCAUGUAUUUUUUGUUGCCAGUUGCUGUUUGUGUACCCUUGUGGUUAAUUUCCUUCCUGUCUG